AUGCCCUCGCUCCAAGGCGUUGAGAGCCAUUUAGGCAAGCUUGAUCAGGUCGAUAAGCCAUCACGACUGGCGCUCUCACGUGCGAAAGUCGAGCGUUUCCGACAGGUUCCUGGCCAUUGGUUGCUCGGCGUUUUAUCGCAACUUGGCCCGGGGGCGAAGUUCAUCACUCAGAAGAUCGAGGAGUGGUCGCUCAUGUACGGUCAAGAGGGGGUCUUCGAGAUGAACCUUGCUGGGUCCCGUUCCGUCGUUGUGUGUUCUUGGGAGCAAGCACAUCACGUCCUAUCCCGAAGGCCCUUUAAGGUAACGCGAGGUUCGAAGAUUCAAAACGCCUCAGACAUCUUUGCCUUCCUGUUCACUUCGGAGGGGGAGCGCUGGAAGCGCGAGCGGCGCGUGCUGGCCCCUUUCUUCAACUCCAAGAGUGUGGAAAGCCACGUUGGAGCCAUUGAGGAGGUCGCGCAGCAGCUUUUGCUGGAGAUCGACAAGGAUGCCUCCAAGGGAAAGGUGGACUUCUCGGCUCUUCUGCCCUUGUACAGCGCAGAAGUGGUUUGCAAGACAGCUCUGGGCCAAGAGUUGCAAUUGCUUGCGACUCGCAACGAUGAGAUCACCUCUGAUAUCAAGCGGCUAUUUCAGGCUGUGCAAUUGCGGUACUUCUCGCCGAUACCCUACUGGAAGAUUCCGGGGCUGGGUUGGCUCAUCGACAAUGGUGCAGAAAUAUCCGGACGCUUUGACCGGCGCUCUGAGGAGGUUCUGAACAAUGCGAGCCGCAGCAGGAAAAGCAUUGCACAGAAGUUGAUGGACAUGGAUGGCGACAGGUUUACUCACAAAGAGCUGCUUGAAAACGUAGCUGGCCUUUUCGUAGCGGGCACAGACACGACAAGCCUCACCACAUGUUGGGCCUUCUACCACCUGGCUCGGGAUCAGGAGCUUCAGACAAAAGUCGCAGAGGAAGUGCGGUCACUUCCAGAUCAUGAGGUCUCUUCUGCACAGCUGGACUCCUUUCCUUUGCUGCAGGCGCUGUGGUUGGAGACGCUUCGCUGUCACGGACCGCUGACCUUCAUGGAUCUGGAAGCGACGGAGCCUGUGACCCUGGCAGGUCGCAAGCUGCCGGAGGGAACCACGAUUUUCCUCGCCUUGCGGAGUAUCUUGAGGAAUGAUCCAGAAGUCAAGAAGGAACUUGGUGAUGACUUGCAUGACUUCCGUCCAUCGCGGUGGUUGGGGCCCGAGGGCCUGAACAGACAUCCACCCUUCGAUGCACUCCCAUAUGGCUACGGACCCCGCAUUUGCGUGGGAAUGCGGCUUGCGGAUUAUGAGGCGCGCCUCGCCAUUGCCAAGGUGGUUCAUCGGUUCGUACUCGAGAAGUGGGACAGGCGACCACUGAUCGAGACCAUGACCACGGUAGGCAACCAGCCCGAAGAGCCCGUCGCCAUUAGCGUUCGGCUCAGGGCCACGUGA